AUGGAUUUACAUUUCGAUCCUUUGACUAAUAAUAAUAAUAACAAUGGUAAUGAUCAUAACCAACAACAACAACCGAGCAAUAUAGACGAAACAAUUGCAAAAGCAGCUGAAGAAGUAACAUCAUACUUUAAAAAGGGUUGGAGUUCAUUUAGUUUCUCUUCAAUCGUUGAGACUGUUAAACAAAAGUCUGAUGAAAUUAUCAAUAUUUAUAAAGAGGAUUUACAAGAGUUUGGACAAUCGAUUCAUCAAGAUAGUGUAAAUACAUUACAUGUUGGUGGUGCUGGCAAUGAGAAUACAGUGAUGGCAUCUUCGCCACCACGUAGUCAAACAAACCCAUCAUUGACUGAAAUGUUAUCGUCAAAGAUAACUUCAUUCAUUGCUGAAUACCCUUCUCCCUAUGAUAAUGGUAGUAGUAGUAAUUCGAAUAAUAAUAAUAAUAGUCAUACACCAUUAUCUUCAUCACCACAAAUAACAACUAGUUUUGAUGAAGUUAAUAGAUCAUUGACAAACAUUGACGAUACUCUAUACCUGGCCGACAAGAAUCAUAAAGAGUAUCAAACGUUUAAAGAAAACUUUCAACUUGCCAACUACAGGGAAUUGGUCAUUUCCGCUUUGACAGGAUCAGACAAUAAUCUCAUUGUUGUACAACGAAACUAUAAUAGAUUGGUACCUUCCAAAGUAACUGAAUUUGAUUUUUGGUGUAGAUACUUUUAUCAAGAACAUGUUGUAAAGAAUCAACAACAAAGAAGAGCACAAUUAAUUACAGAGGCAAUUAAAAAUCUAGAUGAAGAUGAUGAAAAUAUUAAUUGGGAUGAUGAUGAAGAUGAAGAUGAUAUUGUAAAUGAAAUUAAAAAUCAAAGUAUUAUUUUGGAAAAGGAGAAAAAUGAUAAGUUAAAAUUGACAGUUGCUGCUGUCGACAUUCUUCAAAAUGAUGAUGAUGAUGAAAUACCAUUGGAUCAAGAUGAUGAAGAAAUAUAUAAUGAAGAGGAAGAAAUAGAUAACCCUCAACAAGAAAUAGAUAAUCAACAACAAGAACAAGAACAAGAUACAGAUAGUCAACAAGAACAAACAACAGAAGAAACAGAUAAUCAACAAGUAACAACAGAAGAAGAAGAGAAAGAUAAAUGGUUCUUGAUAGAGUAG